AUGGGUCCGGUUGUCGCUGGUGAGCAGAUAAUAUGGCCCAUGUUGCAGCAAGCCUUUCCGCUCAAGACCGAAUUCUCGCCAGAGGACAUACCUGAUCUCACCGGACGGAUUGUCAUAGUCACUGGCGGUAACGUCGGUAUCGGUUACGAAACUGUGAAGGCUCUCUUGCAGCACAACGCCAAGGUCUACCUCGCCGCCCGCAGCAAGAAUAAGGCAGAGAAGGCCAUCAAUUCCCUGAAGGAGGCGACCGGCAAGGAAGCCAUCUUCGUCGAGCUUGACCUCAGUAGUCUUUCUUCGGUCAAGAAGGCGGCCGAAGAGUUUUUGAGCAAGGAGUCAGAACUUCACAUCCUCUUCAAUAAUGCCGGAGUGACCGCGGACGGGUACGACCUGCAAUGGGGUACGAACGUCGUAGGCCACUACUACUUCACCGUGUUGCUUUUGCCCGCUCUCCUCGCCGGUGUCAAGUCGUCGCCAGAUCAUCACGCUCGCGUUGUUACGACGGCUUCCAGCGGCGCAUAUAUGAGUACUUUACACUGGGAGACUUUCAAGGACUCACCCGAGAGGAAGAAGUUGUCGAGAGAAAACCUCUACUGGCAAAGCAAAUUUGGCAAUGUGGUGUUUGCGCGGCAGCUUGCGAAACGAUACGCUGAGCAGGGCAUUAUCUCUGUCUCCCUAAAUCCUGGGAACAUCCAGAGCGAUCUGCAACGCCACCUUACCGGCCUGCAGAAGAAGCUUGUGAAUGCGGUGCUGUAUCCAACACCCCUUGGUGCGAUCACACAGCUCUACGCCGGUACGAUGCCGGAGGCUCUCAACCAUAACGGCGAGUUCUUCAUACCAUGGGCGCGUAUUGGAAGGUGCAGGGCGAAGGCAUACGAUGACGAGCUAGGAGACAAGCUGUGGAAAUGGCUCGAGGACGAAGUCAAGACGCAUCAAGCGUGA